AUGGAGCAUGAUCGUGGUAACAUGCGUGUGCUCGAAGCACAUAUGGCUGGCCUCAAACGUGUGGUUGAGCUGCGAGGCGGGCUGGAUGCUAUCAGAGCAAGUAACUCUAUGGUUGCCAACCUUGUAUUCUGGAUUAUGAUGGUCUCAAUCAAUGAGCCAAUGCUGCUGCCUCUUACGUAUGGAGAUCUGGAUCGGGACUUCGGAUGGCUGACGAAUCCUACCACUGCCACACUCUUGACCCACGAUGGAGGUGAGAAGGAUUUGAGAGAAUUUGGUGUCGAUACCGCCACGGCCAAUGUUCUGCAUGAGGUCCAGCGUUUGUCUCGCAACUACUCCUCCAUCGUCAACUUCGGCACACCUAACGAGGCCACCAAAGUGCUAAGCGGGCUGUGCUCAGUGUUGGAGAAGUUGUUGCAGAUGAGCAGAUUCUCAUCGAAUGAUUCUCCGAUACCAGGACUUUCGCAGAGCUGUAGACUUGCUGGCUGUUUACAUGUCUUUACGCCGUUGAGCGGCUAUUUCCCGGACCCGACACUGAUGCUGCAUACCCUGGUCCGAGAUCUAAAAUCCUCUUUGACCCAUCUCAUUGGUGCAGUCGGAACCAAGAGUCAUCUUCUACUGUGGCUGCUGUUUGUGGGCGGCAACACAGCACACUCGAUGAUGCCGGAACGAUCGUGGUUUGUCGGACAUCUUGUCGUAGUGGUGACGGACCUUCGCAUUCGUACUUGGCAGGAAGUGCGCCAGUAUCUUGUUCAGCUUGCUUUCCACGACAACUUCUGCGAUAUAACCUUCGGCAAGCUCUGGGAUGAAGUGAAGCAGAAGCAAGACUCUCUGGAUGUGGAUCUGCCACCAAUAGAGACUGAUGUCUGGUGUAACCAAUAUCUUCAUCCUGAGACUUGA